AUGUUGGAUGGAAUAAAACGUGCAGGUCAUAUAGUAUGGAUACAGAACAAGGCAUGGUAUGGCACACAUACGUUUGCUGCUGCCACCUUUAAAUGUGAAGGUGGCCAAUUUGAUCCUGACUUCAAAAUCGACCUAGGAGAUGAAGUUGCUCACAAGGGUUAUCAUAUAGAAAUCCCUGAUAGCAUAGAUUCAUAUUGUCUCGUUUUCGGAGUGAUCUUGUCUACCGAAAAAGAUAAAUGGCGCGGCCCAUUCACCAAUAAUGGAGAUCAAUGUUGGCAUUUCAAAGGUAGCGAAGAUGAUUGGGAUGUAUAUCCAUGUCCGUAG